GCGGGGCGGCCAUGGCCGGGUGGGCGCGCGCGGCGCGGGGGCUGCUGCUCGAUGUGAGCGGCGUCCUGUACGACAGCGGCGGCGGCGGCGGGGGGGCGCCUAUCGCGGGCUCGGCCGAGGCCGUGCGCAGGAUCAAAGCGUCCGGUCUGAAGCUUCGGUUCUGCACUAACGAAACCCAGGCGACCCGGGAGAACUUCGUGAAGAAACUCCAGGGCUUGGGCUUUGACAUCUCUGUGGACGAAGUCACUGCCCCAGCACCAGCAGCCUGCCGCAUUCUGAAGGAGCGUGGCCUGAGGCCACACUUGCUCGUGCACGACGAUCUUGUCCCUGAAUUUGCUGAAAUUGAUAAAGCAAAUCCAAACUGUGUGGUUAUUGGAGAUGCAGCAGAGAACUUCACCUAUGCAAACCUUAAUGAAGCUUUCCGACUUCUGAUUGGCAUGGAGAAGCCUGUUUUGAUCUCGCUUGGAAGAGGACGCUACUAUAAAGAAACCGAUGGUCUGAAACUUGAUGUUGGAGCAUAUAUGAAGGCAUUAGAGUAUGCUUGUGAUGUUCAAGCUGAGGUAGUGGGAAAACCAGCAAAAAUGUUUUUUGAGUCAGCCUUAGCAGAAAUGGGAGUUACACCACAAGAGGCCAUCAUGAUUGGAGAUGAUAUUGUGAAUGAUGUAGGAGGUGCCCAGCAGUGCGGCAUGAGAGCGGUGCAAGUGCGGACAGGGAAGUUCAGGUCAGAAGUGAACUGUUGUUUUCCUUACCUGCUUCCAGAGAAAAAACAUGGGAGAAUAUUUGCAGAGUUCCAUAAGAUCCUAGGCUUGCCGGUCUUGCGAUGAAAAUCACCCCUAUGUGAAGCCUGAUGCAUACGUGAACAACCUUGCCGAGGCAGUUGACAUUAUCCUCCAGCAGCUGUAAAAUUGAUAGUGCCGUGGGCGACAGGAAGGAAUGAGGAGGAGGCCUUGCAUGCAGCCCCUCCAUGAGACCACUUCAUCCUUUCCCACCUGCAUCUGAUGUUAACAAAUGAUCCGGCCUCGCCUGGGUUGGUGAACGCCUGUGCUUGUAGACGUUUCAUGUAACAGUACUAAAGUGCUCUACUGACCUUGUCAGUGGAACACAGCACUUGCUGUCCUCUGGCACAUCCUGAACAUCUUCUCCUUGGUGCUGUGCUCCUGCCAGCACAGGUGAAAACAGCUGUCCCUAAAAUGUCAGGCUCUUCCCCCCCUGGGGCUGAGCCUUGUCUGCCCGCGGGGAGCCCUGAGGGUGCUAAGGGGCCUCUGCCUCCUGCCAGUGCAAGUGGGGCGCUGCCCCCUCUUCGCUCACAGCAGGGACCCAGCCUGGAGGUGCCCAGGUGGGAGAUGGGAGGCCCAGCACCCAUUUAUGGGCAGGCUUUGCUGUUUAACUCACCCUUCCUGUGCCUUUUGGAAUGCCUGAGAUGGGAUGGGGGACAUCCUUGAGGCCCCUUUGCAAGCAGCAGGUAAAUAGUGAAUCCAGCUGUGUUUACAGCGAACCCAACAGCUGAAGACAACCUGGGUCCCUGAAGGACACCAAAGUGAUGCUGCAUGUUCCUGCAGUGGCCUGGGAGUGUUGGAAACCCUUGUGUUUCAGAGCUACCAGACGGCUGAGCUGCACGGCACCCCUCGGGGACAGCAGGGGAAAGGGGCGUAGGAAUUAGAUUAUAAUAGAAUAAACCACAUCUGGGAAAAUGACAUUUGUGCAAAUUUUUUUGAUCCAUUUUUGUGGCUUUUCAUCCUCUGUGUAGCAGUCCAGCCAAACUGAACAGCACUGUGCACAUCUGCGCACAUGCAGUGUGUACCACAAACCCCAGCUGAACAUGAGGGCUGUGAUACCUCACCAAGAAUUCUUUUUUAUCCUUUAAUUCUUCCUUUUUUUCUGAUAUACUAAGCUUAUCACUUCAAUCUGAUUAAGUUUAAGCAGCUAACUAUCCUGCCAUCUGUCACAGAACUUUUUAAACUACUCACUUGAAUUGCAGCCGCUUUCCUGUCUGGUUUAGAGAGGCUGUAGGGGCCCAUCACCUUGUUUCCCCAAGGAUGUAUUUAACACCCUGCGUGCCCUUGUCCUGCUGUGAGCCUGCCUUGCCUGGGUUUGGGUUUUUACUUUAUGGGGUGGGACAUUACCCACCCUUAAAGACAAAGCAUAAGGUGCUACUUGGCACUUGGAUGAUGAUUUGCACUGUGCUGUUACCUCUUUGGCUGCAUUGCAGCUAAAUAGCAGCCAGCGUCAGUCUGGGGGAGCCAUGGGAGACACUCCCCUGCCUCAGGAGUGUGCAUCGAAUCUGCCUGCACGAGAGUAUCCAGAAGUGCUAGAACACCUUUGCUAUCCC